AAAUGCCUUUUGCAAACGAAGAAACUCUUAAUAAUACCAUUGAAGAAUGUAGGCUUCGACUUCACCAAUUAAUAAAUGUGCAACCACCAACAUCGAAUGUGCAACCACCAACAUCAAAUGAAAACACUACUUCUCCUAGUACAAAAAAUCUCUCUCCUAAUAAUAUGUUUAAGGAACUUAUAUUUGGUAGUGCUCAAAGAUUGCAAGAAUUACAGAUGAAUUGGAUUUUUACCUUGACCUUAGACGGACACCA